UGGCAGGGAAGAGAGGGAUUUUAGCCAAGGAAUGUAGCUCUGGGAAUCAGGCUGGGGCGGGUAGGGGAAGCAGCAGCUCCCGGGACCCGAGUUCCCCUGACCCCAGCGCCCUCGUUCCUGCUGUGCGGUCUCAGCCAGUGCGCAGGACGGGAGUCUCGGGGCUGCUUUUGGCCGGGAGGUCUAAGGAUCACCUUUCUCCUACUCUCGAUUGUCGUGGUUCUGCAAAGGGUAGAGAAAGGCCAGCGAUGGCGGCCUGGCGUCCGCCCUGAGCCCAGGAAAACAAAUGAGAAUCUCUGGGAAAGCUGAGAUGGGACGCCGAGGGGCCCCUGCGUUCUGCCGCCUGGCCGCCGGCCUCCGGCUCGCGCUCCUCCGGGCGCUGCGUCCUGCGGCAGCGGCGGGGCUCUGCGGGCCCAGCCGACCCCCGACUGCAGCCUGCCGCCCCGGCGGAGAGGGCGCGGCGAGGGCCCCACCUCGGUGCUCCCCUCGCGGCCGGGCCGCACCGCCGCCGCGCGCUGCCGCCGUAAAGCCCUCCUCCCGGCCGCGGUGGAGGAAGUUGGGCUCGCGCCAGCGUGGGAGGCGGGAGGGCGCCGGCUCCUGUUGUUUUCCGCGGGCGGACGCGGGGGGCGGGGUGUGCCCUCCCGCCCCGGGCCGGGCGCUCGGGAGCGAGGUUGGAGCCGGGAGCCGAGGCGCGGCUCCCGGCCCCGGACCUCGGGCUCACUCCAAGCAUCCUUGCUGGGGGCUGUGGAAAGUGGAGCUCCUCCGUCGUUCCCAAGACCUGGGAGAAACCCUUAGGACCCCGGGGUCCGCGGUCCGCGGGGUGCACACCCAGCGCAGCCCGCGUUCCCUGCGGAGCCCCGCUCGCGUCGGCGACGAGAUGGCCGCAGGCGUCCGGGCGCCCGCGCCCGGCGUCCUCUUCUGCCUCGGGGCGCUGCUGGCCGGCUGGGUCGCCGCAGGAUUGGAGGCUGUCGUCGUUGGAGAGGUUCACGAGAAUGUUACUCUGCGCUGUGGCAACAUCUCAGGACCGAGGGGGCUAGUGACCUGGUACCGGAAUGACUCGGAGCCUGUCUUCCUCGUGACCUCCAAUUCCAGCCUCCCGCCAGCCGAGCCCCGCUUCUCUCUAGUGAAUGCCAGCUCCCUGCACAUCGGGGCACUGAGCCUGCAGGAUGAGGGGAACUACACCUGCCGGGAGGUCCUGAGCAAGACUCGGUGGUUCCCAGUGUGGCUGCAGGUGGCAAGUGGCCCGUACCAGGUUGAGGUCCACAUCUCCACCUCUGGCCUGCUGCCAAAUGGCACCCUGUACGCAGCCAAAGGCUCCGAGGUGGACUUCAACUGUAGUAGCAGCGCUUGGCCUCCACCCGUGGUGGAGUGGUGGUUCCAGGCCCCCGAUUCCAGCAUCGAGCCCUUUGGAAACAACCUGACAGUCAGCUGCUUCACUCUGCUACUGAUGUCACAAAACCUGCAAGGGAACUACACCUGUUUGGCCAAGAACGUGCUCAGCGGGAGACAUCGACAGGUGACCACAGAGCUCCUGGUCUACUCUCCCCCUCCAUCAGCCCCUCGGUGCUGGGCAGAGAUGUCACCAGGACUGCUGAUGCUACAGCUCACCUGCCGCUGGGAUGGGGGGUACCCAGACCCAGACUUCCUGUGGAUGGAAGAGCCAGGAGGUGUGGUCGUGGGGAUGUCAAAGCUAGGGGUGGAGAUGCUGAACCAGUCCCAGCUGUUGGAUGGCAAGAAGUUCAGAUGUGUUGGGAGCCACAUAGUGGGGCCGGAGUCAGGAGCCAGCUGCGUGGUACAGAUCGGGAGCCCCUCCCUUCUCUCUGAGCCCAUGAAGACUUGCUUUGUUGGGGGCAAUGUGACACUCACCUGUCAAGUGUCUGGGGCAUACCCCCCUGCCAAGGUCCUGUGGCUGAGGAACCUCACCCAGCCGGAGUUGGUCAUCCAGCCCAGUGGCCACUAUCUCAUCACCCAGAAUAGCCAGAGCUCCACCCUUACCAUCCGCAACUGUUCCCAGGACCUGGAUAAGGGCUACUACGUCUGCCGGGCUGAGAACCCCCUGGGGGUGAGGGAAGUGGAUAUCUGGCUGAGUGUGGAAGAACCUUUAAAUAUCGGGGGAAUUGUGGGAACCAUUGUGAGCCUCCUCCUGCUGGGACUGGCCAUUAUCUCGGGGCUUAUGUUUUAUUACAGCCCUGUGUUCUGCUGGAAAGGAAACACUUUCAGGGGGCAAGACAUGGGUGAUAUCAUGGUUUUGGUGGAUUCGGAAGAGGAAGAGGUGGAGGAGGAGGAUGCUACUGCAGAGGAGGAGGUGGCAGCAAAUGAGAGGGAGGAGCUGCCCAAAGAAAUACACAAGCACGUCCACAUUCAUAGAGUGACUGCACUGGUGAAUGGGAAUGCAGACCGGAUGGGCAGGGGACUCCAGGCUCUGCAAGAUGACAGCAGUGAGCAGCAGAAUGACAUGGUUCAAGAAGACAGGCCAGUGUGAAGAAGAGAACUGUCCUUCAUUAUCUUGUCUGAGAAGCUUGGAAAGCUACACCGAAGAAGAGCUUUUGAUUCUGCUUUGACUUGACACCCUCACCACCACACCUCCUGAAGGGCUUAAAACGGUUUGGAGCUCUCAGCAAAAAAGAAACACAUGUGCACACA